AUGGACACAAUCACAGAUACCGGCUACGCCGACUCUAUCAACACCUCAUCCAGCACGGCUCAGCCUCCUCCUCAACUGGCACUGCUGGACUUCUUCUUCCCAGGCUUCAGCGUUUUCACAACAGCCUUCCAAAAGUACCUCGGAAUCGACCUAAAUGUCUAUAUCCCCCUAGUGAUCCUCUGCGGCGGCGCCACCUUUGCCUGGAGGUACUUUAGCGAGUACCUCUGGGAAAAGGUCGAGAAGCACCUCAUGUCGACAGUCGAAGUCCGCACCGACGACGAGAUCUACAACAUCCUCAUGUCCUGGGUCGCCGCCCAAAAGUUUGCCAAGAACUCGCGGCGUUUCGUUGUCAACACCAACCUAAGCUCCCGUUCCUGGUUCCUCUGGCGCUGGGACGAGGAGGAGGAGGAGUCGGACGAGUCCUCCGACGGCGGCCUCGUCGAGAUCUCGGGCCAGAAGAAGAAGCCCCUCGCCUACACCCCCAGCUUUGGCAGCCACUCGUUCUGGUACCGCGGUCACCUUCUCCUCUUCAAGCGCAGCCAGAACCGCGAGCAGGCCUCCUACCUCGUCGUCAGCGAGCGCGAGGAGAUCAGCCUCUCGUGCUUCGGCCGCAACCCCUGGGUCCUCAAGGAGCUCCUCCAGGAGGCCCGCGCCGAGUACCUCAAGAAAGACUCGCAAAAGACUAUGAUCUACCGUGGGAGCACCCGCGCCGGCACCACAGAGCCUACGUGGCAGCGAUGCAUGGCCCGCACUUCCCGGCCUUUCUCGACCGUCAUCCUCAACGAGAAGACCAAGAAGGAGCUCGUCGACGACGUCGCCGACUACCUCUCCCCCGUGACUCGCAAGUGGUACUCCAACCGCGGCAUCCCCUGGCGCCGGGGUUACCUCCUGACGGGUCCCCCCGGCACCGGCAAGUCCUCGCUCUCGCUCGCCCUGGCCGGCUUCUUCAAGAUGCGCAUCUACAUCGUGAGCCUGAGCUCCAUCUCAGCCAACGAGGAGAACCUGGCUACCCUGUUCGCCGAGCUGCCCCGGCGGUGCGUGGUCCUCCUGGAGGACAUUGACACCGCCGGCCUGACGCACACCCGCGAGAAUGGCACAGGAACCGGUAGCGAUGCCGCAGACGCCAAGGACGGAAGCGGCGACAUGGUGCCCGGCCAACUGACCGUAGGCAACGGGGCCAACAACACCAGCGGCCGCCUCUCACUAUCCGGUCUGCUCAACAUCCUCGACGGCGUCGCCAGCCAGGAGGGCCGCGUCCUGAUCAUGACCACCAACCACGUCGAGAAGCUCGACAAGGCCCUCAUCCGACCGGGCCGCGUCGACCAGAUUGUAAAGUUCACCUUGGCCGACGGCGAAAUCAUUGGUGCCAUCUUCCGUGCCAUCUACGCACCCCUCGAGGGCGACGAGGACAUUGCCGCCCAGCCCCUCCAGGAGCACAAGCAACUGAUCGGCGACGCUCUUGAGGACGACGACGACGAGAAGAAGAAAAAGCUUGCCGAGCAAGCCGCCGCCCGCACCGCAGAGAUCGUAGCCGCCGUCGAGGCCCUCUCCGAGACUUUCGUCGCCCGCAUCCCCGCGCACGAGUUCAGCCCGGCCGAGAUUCAGGGGUACCUCAUGAAGCACAAGCGCAGCGCCGAGGCCGCGAAGACUGCGGAGGAGCCGGUCGUGGUCUCGGGGGCCAAGGCCGAGCACGGGGCUGAGGAUGUCACGCAAAAGCGAGACUCGGGUUACGGUACUCCAGUGGAGGUUUGA